GACCCCAGACCCAAAAUGGGGACCCUGACCCAAAAUGGGGACCCCAGACCCAAAAUGGGGACCCUGACCCAAAAUGGGGACCCUGACCCAAAAUGGGGACCCCGAGGCGGUGAGACCCCUCCCCAAAAUGGGACCCCAGACCCAAAAUGGGGACCCCUGACCCAGAUUGGGGACCCCUCCCCAAAACGGGACCCCGAGGCGUUCCUGCGGGCGUCCCGGAGGGUGCUCGGUCCCCGCCUGUGGCGGGCGCUUCUCUCCGUCUCCCUCUGGGGACAAUUCGCGGUCGGCCGGAGCCCGGCGGCCGUGCAGGAGCUGUCCCAGCGGCUCCGGGCCCGGGGCCUGCGCCCGAUGCUGGCCCUGCCCAUCGAGGGCGAGGGGCCGGAGGGCGAGGGCGAGGCCUGGUUUGAGCAGAACCGUGGGGCAGCCCUGGAAUGUGUGGGGCUGGCGGCCGCCUCGGGCCCCGAACCCGCCAUGCAGCUCAAGCUGACGGCGCUGCUGAGCCAGAGCCUCUGCGUGAGUGGG